AUGCUCACAGGGUGGCUAGGGUUCAGUGUUAAAGGCAGUCUCCUGGCCUCUGCGUUCCUUCCAGUGAUCAUGCUGAUCUCAUUCUUCUUCAUCCUGCCUCGGGGACCACUGCGACAAGGCUCGGCGAAGGACUAUGAGACAAUACCGGAAAGAGACUUGGAAGAAGACGAGAUCGACGAUAUCCCAGAAGGCACUGCAUCGUCGAGUCUCUUGGCUCCUGGGCCAAGCGUUGCUUCUACGGCAUACUCGACGCACUCUCAGGAUCGCAAGGCGUCCUUCGUCUCCAACCUCAAACGCGCUCGAUCUCUGUUCUUCCCUUAUAUGCUGCCUCUACUACUGGUGUACAUCGCCGAAUACACCAUCAACCAGGGCGUGUCACCAACGCUGCUGUUUCCCCUUGAGUCGUCACCGUUCUCCGAAUUCCGCGCGUUCUAUCCUUUCUAUGGGUUCCUCUACCAGCUUGGCGUCUUCAUCUCCCGCUCGUCAACACCGUUUAUCCGCAUUCACCACCUGUACAUACCCUCGUUCUUGCAAGUGGCAAACUUGGUCUUGUUGACGCUGCACGCUUUACUCUACUUCAUCCCCACUGUAUAUAUUGUGUUCGUAAUCAUCUUCUGGGAAGGCCUCCUCGGUGGUGCUGUCUACGUCAAUACUUUCGCCGAGAUCAUGGAGAAUAUUCCCUCUUCUGAGCGAGAAUUCAGUCUGGGGGCGACAUCUGUCAGUGAUAGCGGUGGCAUCUGCAUCGCAGGCUUUGUUGGCAUGGCGAUGGAGGUCUGGCUUUGCGACUGGCAGGUCCAACAUGGAAGAGAGUGGUGUCGACAAAUCAAAGCCAGUUCACCUUAA